CACAUUUUUACAGUUUUUGCGGGAAAACGAGAUUUUUUGGUUUUGGCGGGAAAAUACAAAUUUUCAUCCGGAUGAUCUAUCUGAAUGAGUUACACUUUAAUACCUAAACAAACAAAACUCUUAUUUUCAUCCAGAUGGUCCAUGCAGACGGAGAAACAAACAGACCCUAAAAUGAUGAGCGAAUGAAUGUUUUUGAGAAAACUGAAAGGUUUCGGAGUUGGGCCAACCUAAUUUUUAAAGGAGGCGCAAAUUCAACGACCCAUUUUCUUUUUAUUUUUGAGCCCAAACUGUUCUUCCUUGGACUCCAAAUCAAAUCUCUUUUGUUCCUUAGAUGAAGAUUGUCUUCUUUUUGGACUGCAACGAUGUCGACUUUAACUGCUUUAAUUUUAUGUUGGUUUAUACUUUAUACUAGACACUUAGACAACUCAAUUAUUACUUUAUGAAAAUAUUUGAUAGGGACGACUCUGAAAUUUAAGGAGUUAUAAACAUAUUAAGAAUUUUUUUUUUAUACAGUUUGAAGAUCACAAAACUUAUGUAUAUUAGUUCUUUAAAAUUUGGAAGAUAAUUAUGUCCAUAACUGGCCAUAUAUAUGAUACACAACGUCAUACUUCAUAUAUAAAGUUCAACAAAAUUGACACUUUCUAAAUCAAUUCAACGAUGUCUUCACACACAUACUGAACUUGUUUAUAUGCAACAUGUUCGUGCCGCAAAAAUCUCUCGCAUGGGUAUGUCUUUCUAUGGCCGAAGACCUGGUCGGCUUCAUUUUUCCUUAUGUAUAAGCACAAGAUUCCUACGCGUAGAUGAGGGCUGGUGCGGAUAAUUAAGACGUCUCAACCGAGUAAAUAAAUAUAUAUUUUAUUGAUUAAAAUUUUAAAUACAUAAUUACGAACUUUUGUGUCAUAGUUAUGGAUAAUGUAACUCUUGUUUAGUUGUUUCAAUAGCCCCACAGGAUAAUCAACACUUUGUGACAUACACCACUUAGGGAUUGUUCUUGUUGAGCUAACAUAUUUAAAAUAUGUUACAAAUGCAAAAUCACUCUCCAUAAAUGAUUGAUCAGAGCCUUGGCUACUAGACGGGUGAAGCAGUUAGGAAAUUUGUAGAAAUGGUGGCAGAGUUGGCUUUUCGCUAGACAAGGCCAUGGCACUAACAAUAGAUGAGGUUUUACAAGAACUAAAGGCAAUCUAGACUGAGGAGCGCAUAUGCUAUGAUGACCAGAAAGAAACAACGACCAUAGGCUUCAAGUAUAACAAUACCACGUAUCGCUAGUGCUGAUCGUGGAGUUGAAGACUAAAAUCAGUCAUUCUUGUUUAUUGUUUUAGAGUUUUAGAGCUAAACCACCUAAAAACUAAUGAAAAUGCAUUCAUAAUGAAGGCCAUUAUUUCCACACGAUUCUCCAAGUGUAGUCUAGUAAGACAGUUUUAUAGCAAAUGAAUUAACUAGUAGUCACCAAAAUCACAAAAGGUACUAUUGUCUUCAUUCUAAGUUUCUAACACUGAAACACACAGUAACAACACAAGAAUCUUUAAAGCUGGGAAGAUGAAUCUAACACCAGAAACACGUGGCUCUCAUCAGCUCUCACCAGCUCGCACAUUAUUUCCUUUUCUUUUGUCUCAAAAAAGGUUUUAAAAACAGAGGAAACGAUUCCUUCCUUCUAUGCACAUUGAAGAAAGUAAAAGUGCACACAACAUGAGAAAGAAAAAGGAAUCGAAUAAACAAAACACUUUUUCUUUUUUUUUUUUUUUCAAUCUUUUCUGCAAAGACCCAUCAAUAAUGACACAUUUGGAAUUUCAUUGGAAACUACGUCCUUAAGGUCCACAAAAAUUCCAUUCAAAGCACGCACUUUCGAGAACAAAGACUGCUUCAAAAGAAUCAAAAGAACAAUUUUCUUUUGCAUUUAUAAGGUUUUUGAUUAUCACUUGGAAACAUACGAGGCACCAUUACAACUAUUAACUCAAGGUUUUUGAAAUAAUACCAAACCAAUGGCGACGCUCCAGAGAUUCAAGUUCCUAGCGACGCAGUGUGGAGUUGAACAAAGCCCCACGCGAAGUCCAAGCCCUAGUACAAGUCCUUUGGUACAGUUUCGUCGCAAGAAGACAACCUUAAAGAUGCUUCUGAGUCUUAGAUCGCCUAGCCGCCGGGAGCAGCCGCUGAUUCAUCAGACUGCUGACAAGGACGUGGCUGGACGCAAACUGAGAGACUUAUUCGUCUCUUCGUCUCCUCUAGAGGAAGAAGAAGAAGAGGAGAGACCACCGAAGGGGAAAACAAAAGAAGAAGUUCUUGCAGCCAUGGCAGCUAUUAAACUAAACGCAUCUACUAGUUCACAGUUGGAGUCAUCGGUUUGGUUCGGAUUCAGCAAGAGGCUUCUCAAGCGAGCUUGGCGUCCUAAGCUUGGUACCAUUACUGAGUAACGUAUAAUCUAUUUCUUCUCUUUUUAAUGUGACAAUGGAAACAAUUUGUUUCCUAUAUGAACAAAUUAUAUUAUCCUUUUUAUAAAAUUCUCGUAUCUUGGCAACAAAUCUUAUGUUAUUAUGUAGACCAAAAAAAAAUCUUAUGUUAUUAUUAAACUGGUUUGUUUUUUUUU